UGCUCCAUCCCCCGCCUCUAUAAAUGGAGCACGACACGAGCAAACCUUCCCAGGUCAGUCGGCCGCUCCCCGGCGUCAAGAUAUUUUUGAGCCUUCGACGAUCUCUACUGCAACGCCGUGCACGGAGCCCGAGGCGAAGCGGACAAGACACAAAGUCGGCGAGCCCUUGCUGACGUUGGCACGGAGGCUGACACUGGGGGGCCGAUACAACUCGCCUACCCUCUCUUGGGCUGUGCUUGAACUCUAUAUAAGUCUAGUGACCGUCCACGGCUGGUCGUCACCGUCACCCUCCCAUCCCGUCCCGGCCCAUUACACGAAGGCAGGAGCAGAGUGAGUCGGACAGCUUUGUAGUUGAGGCCUUGUGCCGGCUACUGCUACACAGUGUGAAAGAAAUGGCGCGGAGCUCAACUCGUGUCGCUCUCUGCUCAGUUGCUCUGCUCCUCCUGCUUCCGACUGCGUGGUCGGCGACGUUCACGAUGACGAACAAUUGCGGCUACACGGUAUGGCCGGGGCUGCUGUCGGGCGCCGGCACGGCCCCGCUGUCCACGACGGGGUUCGCGCUGGCGCACGGCGCGUCGGCGACGGUGGACGCGCCGGCGAAAUGGUCGGGGCGCAUGUGGGCGCGCACGCUCUGCGCCACGGACGCCGCAACGGGCAAGCUCGCCUGCGCCACGGGCGACUGCGGCUCGGGCAGCGUCCAGUGCAACGGCGCCGGAGCCGCGCCGCCGGCCACGCUGGCGGAGUUCACGCUCGAUGGAUCCGGCGGCAUGGACUUCUUCGACGUCAGCCUCGUCGACGGGUACAACCUCCCGAUGCUCAUCGUCCCGCAGGGCGCCGGCGGUGGCGGCGGUAGCAGCAACGGGUCCGCCGAUGCCGGCAAGUGCAUGGCUACCGGCUGCCUGGUCGACCUCAACGGCGCGUGCCCGGCCGACCUCAAGGUGGUCCCGGCGGCCACGGGCGCCGGUGCCGGCGCGGGCUCGGCUGAUGGUGGCGCCGUGGCGUGCCGCAGCGCGUGCGAGGCGUUCGGGACGCCGCAGGACUGCUGCAGCGGCGCGUACGGGAGCCCCAACACAUGCCGGCCGUCGACGUACUCGCAGUUCUUCAAGAACGCUUGCCCGCGCGCGUACAGCUACGCGUACGACGACUCCACCUCCACCUUCACGUGCACCGCCGGCACCAACUACGCCAUCACCUUCUGCCCGAGCACCACCAGCGGGAAGUACGCCGGCGAGAACCCGCAGGCCGUCGGCGUGCAGCCAACGAACGGCACGAUGGUCUACCUCGGCGGCGAGCAGCUCGCCACCGGCGAUGCCUCGGCCGCCGCCCGUGCGUCGCAGCUGCUCCUGGCCGCCGCCCUCGCCGUCGCGCUGCUCUGAGCCGGCUUGCCAGCCACUUAGUGUGAAACGGCGGCAGGAGGCGUCGUUGUGCAGCGAGCGCACCCGCAGCAGGUGUCCCGUGUCCUUAUACGGCGCGCCUCUUCCGGCGUGACGGGGGCAGAGGAUAAGAUUCGAGCCGACGCCGGGAAAAGAAAAGAAAGGCUGACGACAGUGCUACGGCUAACCGAGAAAACAAGAAUAUCUCCACACGGAUCGUAGCUUCCUAGGUAGCUUGUGUCGUAGGGUUAGCCGGUCAGGAUAACUAGUGGCAUGGGUCGGUUAAACCUUUUCGUUCUUCUCCACGCUUUCUCGAUUUGUUGAGCCGAAACGGAUGUAUUCGAUCGUUGUUCGUUGUGCUAUAGAUUGCAGUGACGAUUAUCA